AGUCGCCAUGUCCCCGCUGUGCCCUCUCCUGUUGGCUCUAGCCCUGGUGGCUGUCCGUGAUGCCCACGGCGCCUGCCCGGUGCCGGCAGACCUGAAGAAGGCAGAUGGCACACGCACAUGUGCCAAGCUCUAUGAUAAGAGUGAUCCUUACUAUGACAACUGCUGCCAGGGGCCCGAGCUGUCCUUGGAGCCGGGCACCGACCUGCCCUACCUGCCCUCGGGCUGGGCCAACACGGCGUCCUCUCUGGUAGUGGCCCAGCGCUGCGAGCUCACUGUGUGGUCUCGCUCAGGCAAGGGUGGCAAGACACGCAAGUUCUCUGCGGGCAGCUACCCACGCCUGGAGGAGUUCCGCAGAGGCAUCUUCGGAGACUGGUCCAACUCCAUCUCUAGCCUCUACUGCAAGUGCAAUUGAUGCCUUGAGG